AUGCUCUAUCAAAAUCCAAUCUUUUACAAACGGGCCUUCCACAGGGAGCUGUCACAAGCUGCACUCAAUGCCUUCAUCAAUGCCAUAGCCGAAUUGGUACAGACAGUCACGGACAUCGAGUGCUUACUUUAUGCUGAUGAUCUUGUUCCAUGGUAUUCUUCUCCUAAGAAAAACGCUCAGGAGAGGUCUGAAAGUGCCCUAAAUGACCAGCCAAUGUCUUUCCACACAAUGAAGGCCUUAAUCAGGAGAAAAUUCCAGACCUCAAGGUCCAACGAACUUAAAGCUCAAACAAAGGAGAGACAGUGGACAGUGACACUCUCCGAUAUACCCGACUGGCCAAGAAUCGAAGCCGUUGCUGAGUUUAGACUACAUACCGAACACGAAUGUCUGGCAAAACACCUUCACAGAUUGGGUGUAUACGCUCAACCCGCAUGCCCUCUAUGUAACCUACAUGAUGAAAUGGAGAAGACGCAUCUUAUUCGGUGUCCAGCUCUAAAGACAAGGACGGAAAGCCAGAGAUACUGGAAAGCAAGAAGACAGCUAAUGAACUGCUAUUAA